AUGUCGAUGAGCGCCACGUCAAAAGAACGCGACAGCAUCUUUGCCGUCCUGCGUGCCCAAAAGGCCAACAAGGUACGUACUGUCGGUGAUGAGGUCGCAGAGGAGGAUUAUUUCGUGACCUAGUCGUCGAGGGUGGUGGGAUAACAGCUGUCAUGACACGUUCGCUGACACCCGGCAUUCUCCUCGCGCUGUGCCUGUCGCCGUCGACCAUGCCCUCCUCGAUGAUCGUUCGGUCGGAUUGGAUGUCGCGCUCACCUGCCACGCGGCGCCAUCAUUCAUUCCUCGUCGGCGCUCUCUCCGGUUCGCCCACUCAGAUGUGCGCCGACUGUCGCGCCAAGGUACGUGUCCGAGCGCGCGAGGGCUGUCCGUCCCCGUCCGACCCUUGGCGUGAAUCGACGACCGGCGCGCCUCCCGCUUCUCCUUGCCUCGGCGAUGGCUGAUGAUGCGCUACGCCGUCUUCUAACUCGAAUACAGAAUCCGACUUGGUCAUCCGUCACCUUUGGCGUCUACAUCUGCCUCGACUGCUCUAGGUGCGCUUCUUGCCCGAGCGCGGCAUCGCGUCCUUUCGCGACGGCGAGCAACACUUUGCUGACCGACCUCUAUACACGCAUGUAUGCUACGCAAUGCAUUUCUUUCUCGUGUAACAGCGGUCACCGAAAUGCCGGUGUGCACGUCACUUUUGUUCGGUACGUUGGCCACCAGCCCUUCGCCUUGACCGGAGUGGGCUCUUCCGCAAAAGAAUUGGUCAAUAUCUGACAUUUUUGGCGAACGCCCCCCGCGUAGAUCUACCAACCUCGAUGUAUGGUCAUGGAAGCAACUGCGGGUGAUGAAGGUCGGUGGCAACGCCGCCUUCAACGACUUUUGUGCGCGUCACCCCGGUUCGGUGCAGAACUCUCAAGACACGACCGCCAAGUACACUUCCCGCGCUGCAACGCUGUAUAAGGACGAGCUAGCCAAGCGGGCCGCCGAGGACGAACGUAUCUUUGGUCCCCACCUCGUGAACGUCGAAGGCGCGAACAUCGACGCCGCUGCGAGCGCUCAAGCCGGAGGUGCGGCCGCCGGUGAUUUCUUUGACACGUGGGACGCCGCGCCGAAGCCGAAAGCGACUUUGGCCCCCGUGCAACCCAACCUCAUCUCCUUUGGCCUCUCACCUGGCAAUACCCCUCUUAACUCCCGUCCCGGCUCGCCCGCCGUCACUGCUGCUGGCAACGGCUCACGCUCGGGCACACCUCUGCCACGUACGGGGUCGCCGGCCUCGGGGACCUCGCCAGCUGCGAGCGCCACACCUGCCGCUGCCGCUCCUCCGCGAACGGUGACUUCUUCAGCAUUACGUACGACGCGCGCAACCGCGGCCGGUGCGUCUCGCCCAAGAACAACUCUCGGCGCAACCCGAACGACCUCAUCCUCCGGUCUGUCCGGUGGGUCCAGUCUCGGUGGCGGUGGCGGUGCGGCCAAGGGCAAGUUGGGAGGGGUCAAAAAGGUCGGUGGGACCGUGAACUUUGAAGAGGCGGAGCGUAAAGCCCGGGAAGAGGAACAAAGGAUCAAACAAUUGGGUUACGAUUCGAGGGCCGAGGCUGAAGCCGCUCAAAAAGCCGCUGCGGCGAGUGCGGCCGCUUCUUCUGCCGCUACGAGAGGGUCGAGGAAUGGAACGACGUCCGGUACGGGCGUCGGUGCCAAGGCCGCGGAAAGGAAGGAGAGCGUCGAUACGGAACGAUUGGGAAUGGGGAUCAAACGCCUCGGGUUCGGUCAAACGAUGGGCAUGUCCGGAUCCGAAUCGGCCGCGCUGGCCGAGAAAGAAAGGAAACUCGCCGAACGAAGGGCCCGCGGGUUCGGCGAUGAUUAUCAAGAACCGGUCGACAAUUACGCGCGAAAAACGUUCGGCGCGCAAAAGGGUAUUUCGUCGGAUAUGUACCAUCAGACGGGGGCGUAUGAUGCGAAUUCGGCCAAGGAGGCGAAGGAGAGGUUGCAGCAGUUCAAUGGUGCGACCGCGAUUUCAUCGAGGUCAGUUUUCUUUUCUCACGGGGGCCUGAGGCGUGAUACAGUUCAUUGACGCAUCUUCGUGUCUCCUGUCCGCCCGCAGUAUGUACUACGGGCGCAACGAAGACGAGGACAACGAGGGUGAGGAAUCGAUCCUACAGGCCAACGGACUCGGAGGCUUGGAAGCGAGUGCGCGGGAUGCGGUACGCAACUUUAUGGAGACGACGGGUAUCGAGAGCGCGGAUGAUGUGCAUUUGGCGUUGAGGCAGGGGGCUUCGAAGGUGAGCUUGCACAGAGUGGUGAGGGUAGGGGACAGGGGAGGGGAAGGGGCAGUUGCUGACGGAUGCGUUGUGAUUUGUACAGUUGUCGGAUUUCAUCAACCGAUACGCUUAA